AUGGGGCCGGGGCGCGGGGCGGCCGGGGGUCCUCUGGGGGCUCUGGCGCUGCUCUGGGUGGCGGCGGUGCUGGGGCAGCUGGGCAGCGGCAGCCUCCUCCUCCGCCGCCGCAUCCACACCUCCGGGUUCCUCCAGCGGCGGCUGAGCGGCGGGGAGCGGCGGGACGUGCAGCGGGAGAUCCUGGCCGUGCUGGGGCUGCCCGGCCGGCCCCGGCCCCGCAACCAUCCCGCCGCCCGCGCCCCCUCCGCCGCCGCCCCCCUCUUCAUGCUGGACCUUUACCACGCCGUGGCCGGGGAUGAGGAGGUGGAGGAUGCGGAGGAGGAGGCGGCGGUGUCCCGGCCGGUGCUUACCGGGCUCAGCACCCAGAGCCCCCCGCCCGGCAGCGUCGUCAGCCACGCCGAUACCGUUGUCAGCCUCGUCAAUAUGGUGGAGCAGGACAGGGACAUCUUCUCCCCGAAGCCCUACUGGAAGGAGUUCAGGUUCGACCUGACCCAGGUGCCCACGGGUGAGUCGGUGACGGCCGCCGAGUUCCGCAUCUACAAAGCUCGAGGGGUGACCCGGAACCCCAACACCACCCUUCACCUCAGCAUCUAUGAGAUUGCAGCUGAGCACUCCAACAGGGAGUCUGACCUGUUCCUGCUGGAUGUCCAGGACCUGCGUGCUGGGACAGAGGGCUGGCUGGUAUUUGAUGUCACAGCUGCCAGCAACCACUGGUUAGUGGAUCAGAAAUACAACCUGGGGCUGCGACUCUAUGUGGAGACAGAGGAUGGGCACAGCGUUGACCCAGGCUCGGCGGGGUUGUUGGGGCGCCGGGGUCCCCGCUCCAAGCAACCCUUCAUGGUGACAUUUUUCCGGGCCAGCCCCAGCCCCGUGCGUGUCCCCCGGGCAGCCAAACCCCCCAGGAGACGGCAGCCCAAAAAAACCAACGACCUCCCCCAUCCAAACAAGCUGCCGGGGAUUUUUGAUGAUGUCCAUGCUGCAGAUGGGCGCCAGGUCUGCCGGCGCCACGAGCUCUAUGUCAGCUUUCAGGACCUUGGUUGGCUGGAUUGGGUGAUUGCCCCACAAGGAUACUCAGCCUACUACUGCGAGGGGGAGUGUGCCUUCCCCCUGGACUCCUGCAUGAAUGCCACCAACCACGCCAUCCUGCAGUCCCUGGUCCACCUGAUGAAGCCCGAGGCUGUGCCCAAGGCGUGCUGUGCCCCCACCAAGCUCAGUGCCACCUCUGUCCUCUACUAUGACAGCAACAACAACGUCAUCCUCAAGAAGCACCGCAACAUGGUGGUGAAAUCCUGCGGCUGUCACUGAGGGCUGGCUCCCACCCCAGCUCCAUCCCAUCCCACCUGGAGCUCCCUGACACUGGGUUCCUGUUAGUUGUUUGAAAAAAGGGAGUUUCACAAGCUGCAUCCUAGCAAAAUC